AUGUUUGCCGCCGCGCCGGUGAGCGAACAGGUGAAUGACGUAAAACCACGCCCCCUCCGCCCCUCUGCGACCACCGGAAGUGAAAGGCCUCCGUGGAUUAACAAAACCGAGCGGGCGUUUUUCCGUGGCCGGGACAGUCGAGAGGAGCGUCUCCACCUGGUCUCUCUGUCCAAGAAGAACCCCGAGCUGCUGGACGCCGGCAUCACAGGAUGGUUCUUCUUCAGAGACAGAGAGAAACAUGUGGGCAAAACACCGCUCGUUGGAUUUUUUGACUUCUUCAAGUACAAGUACCAGGUGAACGUGGACGGAACAGUGGCAGCGUACCGGUUUCCUUACUUGAUGCUCGGGAACAGUCUGGUCCUGAAGCAGGACUCGCAGUAUUAUGAAUUUUUCUACAGCCACCUGAAAGCGGGCACGCACUACGUCCCCGUGAAGAGAAAUCUGUCGGACCUCGUGGAGAAAAUCAAAUGGGCCAAAGAAAACGACGCCGAAGCACAAAAGAUGGCCCGAGCGGGUCAGACGGCGGCGCGAGAGCUGCUGCAGCCCAGCAGACUCUACUGUUACUACUACAGCGUGCUGCUCACGUACUCAGAGCGGCAGAGCGGACGGCCAACGCUGCACCCGAACAUGGAGCCGGUGCCUCAGCCAGACGACCACACCGCCGUGUGCGUGUGCGAGCGUAAAACCCACAAAGAAGAAACCAGUAUGAAGGAUGAACUAUGAUGACGCCGGCCUGUAGUCUUUACGUAUUGUCUUAUUUUUCUGUGAAACAUUCCCGAGAUGAUCGAAUGUUCCCGACGCUGAAAGAAAAUGUGGAUUUUUGAAGUUUACAGUCAAGUAUUACAGUAAUAAUUGUUGCUUUUAUUUUGGAUAUUAAAUAAAGAUUUUGGAAUUAUUUGCAAUAAAAACUCAGACAUUUCAAGUUGAGGCUGCAGGACAUUGCCCUCAAAAUGAUAACGGUAGUCUCAGUUUUGAAUACAGUGUUACAGUAUACAGUGUUUUUGUACUUUUUGUAAAGUUCUGGUAGUAUUGCAGGAAUCUGAGGAAACAUUACUGUUUUGUAAACGUGCCUUUGCCUUGGAUAUCUGUUUACAGUAUUGUCAUGAAAUAAAUACACCCUAAAUAAAUCCUAUUUUUGA